GAACCCUGAAAUAACAGAAGAAUAUUUCAGUUAUUUCAAAGUAAGGAUUACAAACUAAAACAUUUGUGUAAAAUGUAACAUAAACAACCUAUUUAAUUCAAUCAUUCUUUAAAACAUGCCUAAGCAAUUUGCACUUUGUAAAAAUUACUUUUUUAUCAUAAACUUUGCCUUGUUGCCCAGGGAAUCAUUUUCAAACUAUAGCAUUUGCCAUUGCAUGCAUCAUCAUCACAUUCAAACCAUAGCAUUCAUCACAUGACAUGAAAUGCAUUUUAAACAAAAAAACAAUCUGUGCUGGUUGAGCUGGUUGAGUGAAAGAACUAUUCUAAAUCUGUGUGACCCUGUUACCAUGACAGGAAGUAAUUUUUAGAUUAAAAGCCUGUUGAUGAACUAGCUACACUUGUUCAGUAAAUUACUGUUAUGAAUUUGCCUUGGGAUCAAAAUUAUAUCAAAUCAUAAAAUGGAUGAAGCCUUGUAUAGAAGUAUAUAUGCUGAAGGGUCAUUCCAUGUCAAAGGGGGACACCAAUGACACCCAUGGACACAGAUUUUUUUCAUUUUUGGUAGGAACAAACAACACCAUGAGAUAGACCACAUUUGAAAAUUUCAGUCUAAUAUCUCAUUUGGUUUGUGAAAUAUAGGAAUUUGAAAUUCGGUAUUUUUUGGCUUUAGUUUCUUGAAUCCGCCAUUUUGAUUUUUUCCAUAACUAUAACAUUUCUUAAAGUUCACGACAGACCAUGAUUUUGCAUACAAAAAUACCAUACCUGGUCAAUUAAACACCACUGAAUCCAAAAAUGGCCUUAAAACUAAACUAAGUCUGAAGAAACUCAUUCUAUUUAUAGAAACAGAAUGGAAGAAAGUUGCCAUGGCAACAAGUGUUCCAUUUUCUGGCUCAAAAUUAAUCAUGUUGGCGAAAUAUUUCAAAGUUGAAUUUUUAUAUGUUUAUUAUAUACAUAAAUGUCUAACAUAUAGCAGAAAAUCAGCAAUGUUAUUUUUGUUGUUCUCAAAUUAAUGGCAUUUUAAUUAUUCUAAGUUUUACCUGUUCGGAAAAGGGUACAUUUCAGAAACAAAACCAGUAACAAUAUUCUGGUUGAGCAAUCUUCACUUAUCUAUGCAAUAAUGGGAUUAAAUGACUUCCAGAAAUUACUUUGAAAAUAAUUUCAAGCCAAAUUCAAAACAUCUAAACAUUCACAAAUGUACAUAUUUUAUUUAGGGUGUAUGUUAGGGUUAAUUAGGGUGGACCCGGAAUACAAUGUUCUGAUAGUUAAAGAUGAUAUCUUUGGACUAUAGUACCAAACAGAAUUUGUAGAAUCAAUUACAGCCUGAAAUCUAUGACCAAUAGGUUAAUAGAAACUUAAAUACACUCUGUGAUAUUCUUUUUAUGUGAUUGAAAAUCAUGCCGUGUUGUUUUGUUGCAAAAUCAUAACGAAAUCAUUGCAAAUCACAAAGAAACACAUUCAAGUGAAUGCCCAAUUAAGGAAAUUGGCACUGUUUUAGAGGAAUUAAACUUUUUCUGCAAUCAUAGUCAAUUGCCUAUGGUGUAAUAGGAAGAAAAACUAUUCAAGAUUUCCUUGUUUAUCUUUCCAAUUGCUUGAAGAAUUUUCUAAUUUCCUGUCCCACCCAUGCAAAGUUAUUUUGAAUAAAUCAAUUUGACACCAGAAAGUAGCAUAUUGAAUGGCGUUUAGUUAACACCUCUUGAUAAGUAGUUGUUUAAGUUCACACAUUUGCUAAUCUGAUUAUCAACAGCUGAUUGUAAGUAUAAUAUUUUGAUUGAAAUUCUUUUAUCGGCUUUUCCCAUUGAUCUGAAUAGAAACAGAAAUAUAGCUAAUGACAUCAUGAGUCCUUUGAGAUAAAAACACACUCGGGUGCUUCAGUUUGUCAAACACCUCUGCCUGGCGUUAACUGCUAUUGCAUGAAAUUUCAAGAUGUCUUUUGGGGAAAAUUACUGCUCUGUCAGAGAAAAACAAGGUGAUGAUUGUCAUAAACUGACUUAUUGUAGAAGCACUGGUAUCAAAAGAUUGGAUACAAUAAAUAUUGAAGAGAGAGAACUUAUUUUAUGGAGGUCUGGAUUGUCCAUUUUAAACAUUGAUGCAGAUAUUUGUUUUCACCAUGAGCAUAUCCUGCUGAAAAGGUUUCCUAUCCAACAAACUAUCUGCUGUGAUCCUUUCAGAUCGCACAGAAAAGGAGUUAAAGGUGGCUUGAGAGAAGUAAAGAUUUCUUUGGCAAAGGAACUUGCAAAACAAGGCUGUGCAACAAUUCCGGGCCAAAAAAUUUGCCCUCCAUGUUACAUACGGUCGAAAGAAUCAGCAGAACAGUCUGCUCUGGGGAAGAAUAUAGAAGACAAUGAGGGCUGCUUAUCUGUAAUGUUAGAUGAAGAGUUGUCAUAUAGCGCUGAUAAAGAUGCUUUAAAUGCUACUUUAAACGAGUUGGAUGUAUCACCAUUAAAAUUGCAUGCUGUAGCACAACACUCCAAAGCUAGUCAUGGCAAGAGGAAGCUUAAGCAAGCUAAUGAAGCAUUGUCAAAAAAAUUUGCCUCUGUACUAGAAAUGGAAUCAGAGCAACUCGUGCCUAGAUUUGAGAAUCCAUUGCGAACCGAUCUCAUCGAAAAAGCAAGGGAUCUUGAUAAAUUGGUAGAUCAAAUGAAAAUGAAGCUGACAGCUGCAAAUAGGCGUGAAAGGAUUCAAAUUUUAACAUUGAUACCAGAAUCGUGGUCUGUAAGAAAAGCAGCAGCAGAGUUUAAUGUCUCAAAAAAAACUGUUCUCAAGGCUAAAAAAUUAAAAGAAGAAAUGGGGAUAAUUGCGAUGCCAAAUAGAAUAGAGGGAAAAAAGAUAGCGCAAGAAAUGAUGGAUUCUGUCAUCAAAGUUUACUGUGAUGAUGAAUUUUCUCGCACACUUCCUGGCAAAAAGGAUUUCGUAAGUGUAUCAAAGAAUCAGCACAUGCCAAAGCGUCUAAUUCUUUGUAACCUAAAGGAACUUUAUGCUGCCUACAAAGCAAACAACACCACAUCCAAAAAAGUCAGCUUUUCAAAAUUUGCAAGUCUGAGACCCAAAUGGUGUAUUUCUGUUGGCGCAAAGGGAACCCAUUCGGUUUGUGUGUGUACAAUACAUCAAAACACUAAAUUGAUGCUCGAUGCUGCAAAUUUGGAUAGCCAUUAUAAAGAACUUGUGGACAUGAUAGUUUGUGAUGCACAUUCAAAGGAAUGUAUGGUACAUCGAUGUAGGAAAUGCCCUGGUAUUGAAAGUCUUCAUUUUUAUUUAACUGGCAUAUUCACUGGAAACAAAGAGCAGAAUGAAAGUGAAAAUGAUGAUGACUCAGACGAUGAUGAAGAGCUUAAAGAAAUGAUCACUUACAAGCAAUGGACAACUACUGACCGAUCAGAACUGAUAUCACAAACUGCUACCUUGGAAGAGUUUAUAGAUGAAAUGUGUGACAAGCUAGAUAGAUUGACUGUACACUCGUACAUUGCAAAGUCUCAAGCAAUCUACUUAAAAGGACUUAAAAGUGCUAUUGGCAAGGAAGAAGUUAUCGUUCUUGGCGACUUCGCAGAAAAUUACAAGUUCCUAAUACAAGACGAGAUCCAAAGCUACCAUUGGAACCAGAGACAGUGUACGUUGCAUCCAAUCGUCAUAUACUAUAAAUGUAACGAAUCAGCUGAGGUAUCAUCGAAAUCACUCUGCAUUAUUUCUGAUGAUUUGGAACAUGAUGUCAAUAUGGUCUAUGCAGUAAUCACAGAGACCAUCAACUGCAUAAAGGAAACAAUUUCGAGUGACAUCAAACUAGUUCAUUAUUUCACUGAUGGUUGUACAGCUCAGUACAAGAAUUGCAAAAAUUUUUGGAAUCUGUGUCACCAUCAGCAAGAUUUUGGGAUGCAAGGCCAAUGGAACUUUUUUGCAACAAGCCAUGGCAAAUCACCAUGCGAUGGUAUUGGUGGAACAGUUAAACGGCUAACUGCCAGAGCAAGCCUACAACGUCCAUCUCAAGAACAAAUUUUGACUGCUGAUGAUAUGUUUGCUUUCUGCCAACAGGAAAUCAAAGGGAUAGAUUUCAAGCUUAUCAGGAAAGACGAUGUCAAUGAAAUGCGAGAAAAAUUGAAAAGUAGGCUGGAAUUGGCCAAGACAAUUCCUGGAACGAGGUCCUACCACCAAUUUAUCCCAAUAACAAACCGUAAGAUUGGAGCAAAAAGAAUUUCAGAAGACAGAGAAUUUGUUCUAGAAUAUAAUUUUAUAGAUGAUGAUGAGCCAAAUGUUCCAUGCUUGGAAAUAUGCCCAAAUAAUUUUGUUGUGUGUAAAUAUGAUGGUUUUGAAUGGCUAGGAAUUGCUUUGGAGCUGGACAAAGAAAAUGGUGACAUUCAUAUUAAGUUUAUGCACCCGCAUUUUCCUACUGCUUCGUUUUCAUGGCCAGUGAAAGACGAUGUUUGUUGGGUACCGAAUCAGAAUGUCUUGGCGAUUGUAGAAGCACCUGCACCAACAACAGUCACUGGAAGGCAAUAUUCUCUGAAUCCUGAUGACAUUGCAAAAAUCAACGAAAGAACAAAAUAUAACAGUUCUUAAUCUUUAAUACCUUACUUGCAAACUGCAGAUUGAAAUCUUAAAAAUUAAAACGCUCUCUGAAUUUCUUGGUGAAAAUCCCACAAUUAUGAAUGUUUAGAUGAUUUGAAUUUGGCUUGAAAUUGUUUUCAAAGUAAUUUCUGGAAGUCAUUUAAUCCCAUUAUUGCAUAGAUAAGUGAAGAUUGCUCAACCAGAAUAUUGUUACUGGUUUUGAUUCUGAAAUGUACCCUUUUCCGAACAGGUAAAACUUAGGAUAAUUAAAAUGCCAUUAAUUUGAGAACAACAAAAAUAACAUUGCUGAUUUUCUGCUAUAUGUUAGACAUUUAUGUAUAUAAUAAACAUAUAAAAAUUCAACUUUGAAAUAUUUCGCCAACAUGAUUAAUUUUGAGCCAAAAAAUGGAACACUUGUUGCCAUGGCAACUUUCUUCCAUUCUGUUUCUAUAAAUAGAAUGAGUUUCUUCAGUCUUAGUUUAGUUUUAAGGCCAUUUUUGGAUUCAGUGGUGUUUAAUUGACCAGGUAUGGUAUUUUUGUAUGCAAAAUCAUGGUCUGUCGUGAACUUUAAGAAAUGUUAUAGUUAUGGAAAAAAUCAAAAUGGCGGAUUCAAGAAACUAAAGCCAAAAAAUACCGAAUUUCAAAUUCCUAUAUUUCACAAACCAAAUGAGAUAUUAGACUGAAAUUUUCAAAUGUGGUCUAUCUCAUGGUGUUGUUUGUUCCUACCAAAAAUGAAAAAAAUCUGUGACCAUGGGUGUCAACUUUGAAAAUUUUGUCCCCCUUUGACAUGGAAUGACCCUGAAGGCUUUGUUGUGCAAAAUGUGUAAGCCUUCAUCAUAAAAAUACCUUCUU